GCGGAGGGAGCAAGUGUCCCGGGCAAAUCCCGAGGACGGGCACGGGCUGGGAUCUCUAUCCCCUCAGUGUCCCCAGGCCUGGACCUCGAGGGUGUGCGUGCGUGCACGUGUCCGCGUGCCUGUAGGGGACAGGACGGCGGAACGGCCUAGGCCCGGAACCACCUCCUGCGCCACCACAAGUCGGCGAUGGGCGCUGCACCCGCACAGUGCUCACGGGGCGAUGACCCCAUCUGUGGGCAUAGGGGGCUCCGGUGGUGUCCCGGGGACCCAGGCAGGGCCCUUUCCCGCCAGGGCUCCCGAGAGCCUGACCGACUCCUGCUUUGAGGAGCUAGGUCUUCAGAAGUCUAGGUCACUGUGUGGCACUAGGGAUGGGCCACUUGGAAGGGACCCGAGGCCUAUGGUUCCACGGGCUCAUGCGCACUCCUCUGUGGAGGGGGGGCUAAGGUCGCUCGAGUUCUGGGAUCCCUGACGGCAGGCCGUUACCUGGCAACUGAAGAGACGCUAAACAAAAGACCAGGUUGGCGGGAAAGGCUCUGCCUGAGGGCCGGUUUGCGCAGGUGCUGUGUUCCUCAAGAAGAGCAUUGUGGGUGGCGCCGCGGAGGAGCUUUGGGCCACAACCUCCUGCCCUGGCGGGAGCCUGAGUUGAAAGGUGGUGGUGGUUGAGUUCCAGGAGGGUUACAAGGCGAAGAGGCGGGACAGCCAUGCAGGUCCCUGCAGAUGACGCGAGUAUUGCAGGGGGCCAGGAAGAUGAGUCUGAUGGCAGCAGGAUCGUCGAUGGGCAGAGUGGGGCCGGAAACCAGGCUGGCGGAGGCUCAGCAGGUGUCUCUGAAGACGUGGGCACUAACGCGACGGGAGUUUCGCCGCUUCUUCUUGUUGCUGAUGGCACAGGGCAAAUUACGUUCCUGUGUACUCAUCCGGAAAUGCAACUGCAUGAAUUCACCCUCAGGGUCCCUUUCGCUUCUCCCUUAGAAGCGGAGGUCGCCAAAAUAUACCUGGCUCUUUUUAAUGAACACCCCGACUUUUACAGGGAGCUCACCAUCAAUGGCAGCCUUCUGACUGUGUCAGUCCUGAGGUGGAUUGCUCAGGACCCUGGCCACCUCUACAAAGUCUUCGACUCCUUCCUUAAGGACCUUUCCCUUUUCUUCCACACCAUAAACUUCUUGGGGCCUCGAUAUCCCUUCCCAUCUUAGUGGGAAGAGGAGACUGAAUCCGAAUUUCCCAGGCCAGACAGCGCAUCCUUCCCUAGGUCCUAGGUUCCUGGAUUAAUUGCCAUGUUCUUAGACCUCAAAAUUGUCUGCCUCUGCUCGUUCACCAGUCAGGGCAGGUGGCCUGCUUGCUUUCUCUCCCUGUUGGUGGACGGACUUGUGAUCAAAUGUGUGUCAUGGCCAAAAAUAAAGCCGAGCAGUGAUUCCAUCCUUGAGUUUCUUUUCCUCGGCAACAUCUACUUUUUCGCUCUUCUCUUUGAGGACAACGGCGUUAUCACACGGGGGUCACAUUCACAGACUGGCAAGACGAGGAGUACACUGAACAAACAGGUGAAUGUAAAGGGCACAGAAGUCAUAAGCGCCCCCAAGCAGUGGGCAGGUGGAGGGUAGGAGGCGCAGAUAUUCCGCUGAUGGUGAGGGAUACCCAGCAGCCCCUCCUGCCUCGGGGCCUUUGCACUGGCUCUGCCUGUCAGCAGCUCUCCUCCCCAGCAUCUCCCUGGGCACAGGAGGCGUCACCCUGGGCGGGCCACACUAUUUA